GGCAGCAGCAAUACAGGCCAGAUGUUCAAACGCUGUCUCUUCUUCAUGCAGCUUUUCACCGGCUUGGCUGCUUUCCCGGAGUGUACUACGAAGGCCUUCCUGGAUGCAUCACCGCUCGCAUGUCAUCACGCCCUGAUGUUCCCGCAUGCGCGCGAUGACUGCCCUAUCUCCGCCCUGGAAGAUAGCCAUGGUCUGUUCACCGCUGGAUUCGACAAGAUACUGACCUCUGCCAUCGGUGACGUCAGCCUGGAUGGUGCACUAAUGCGAGUCACGACGCCGGCUCCGUUCAGUAUAAAAGCCACACCGCAGCUUCAUCGCUUCAGUGGGCAAGGCAGCAGCAAUACAGGCCAGAUGUUCAAACGCUGUCUCUUCUUCAUGCAGCUUUUCACCGGCUUGGCUGCUUUCCCGGAGUGUACUACGAAGGCCUUCCUGGAUGCAUCACCGCUCGCAUGUCAUCACGCCCUGAUGUUCCCGCAUGCGCGCGAUGACUGCCCUAUCUCCGCCCUGGAAGAUAGCCAUGGUCUGUUCACCGCUGGAUUCGACAAGAUACUGACCUCUGCCAUCGGUGACGUCAGCCUGGAUGGUGCACUAAUGCGAGUCACGACGCCGGCUCCGUUCAGUAUAAAAGCCACACCGCAGCUUCAUCGCUUCAGUGGGCAAGGCAGCAGCAAUACAGGCCAGAUGUUCAAACGCUGUCUCUUCUUCAUGCAGGGAAACAGCCGACAUCGGAGUGGACCACAGGAACUUUCUUCUAGCUCCAAUGUAACUCCUUACCAGACUGUUACCCAAUUCGAUCUUCAAUGGAGAGAGUUCUAUGCAGUGAACCACCGAAAAUCGGCCCCAUGUACGUAAAAAAAAAAUCAUCUUGACCUUCACCGUUCGCGAUGUUCAAUCUGGCGCCCGCGCCAACGCAGCAACUCAAGGCUGUCGACGCGUUGUGGCUGAAUCGUGAAACAAAGCUGCGCCUGGUGUAUACCCUCGAGAGAGAGAGAGCCCCGCCCGGAUUUGAAGAAGAGAGCAAUAAAGCAGUUGCCGGUC